CUUGACUAGCCAUGGACCCAGUGGCUUGUGUGGCCUGCAAACAGCAGGCUACCCCUGGCGUAGAGGAUUUCCUAUUUCGAAGGAUGCACGUUACAUUUCCGGAAAGACGGCCUUUUCAAGGUGGGCACUGCAAGCCCGAAGCCCUCUUUGAAGCGGUUCGGUCAACUAUUGGACGCAUUCCCGCAUUUGCACCCGAUACAAGUGAGGGCCGGAUCCAACAAGGCACAGAAGACACAGGCCUCCGGUAGUAUGAAGCCUACCAGGCGCUCCACUGCUUGUUCCCCACCCCAUGAUACUCAGGUAGCAUUUCGACCCUAUAAAGGGCUCCUUGAGCUACUGCUUUCAGUUUCUUUCAUUUCGUUUGUAUUGCUAGCGACGGAUGGGUAUCAUUGCAACUGAUUUUACUACUGUUUGACUUCAACCUACGGCGGCUUUAUCUACCAAGGAUUACUAUCUCCGUGACUUGUCUGCACUUUAAAAAAUGAGGGUGAAUCUUGAUCAAAUCGAGUUCUACCGUGGUCCAAGCCAGCCGCCUUCCAUCGGUCGAAGGAAGUCACCACCAGUUCAUAUUCCACGAACUUUCCAGCAUUUCUCUCCCACAGAGAUGAUCCCAGCAUCGUCUCAGGCACCUCCAGAACAGGGACUGCCAUCUACCCGUACAACUUAUCUAUCGAAUACAUUUGAUUUUGAGAUCGAUAGGAUUUAUAGCGUCACUGAGCAUCAAAUGACGAAAGAUAUCGGAACCGCUGUGGCACCAAUCAUUCCAGCCACUCUUGAUACUCGAUUGGAUAAUGGAGGCUCUCGCUUGGCUUCAUCCGAGCCAGCGCCAUUCAAAGACUCCUCUGCGAUACCAGUAUCAUGCCCCGCAGUCCAAUUGGAGCUUGAUUCUCUCGAUGUGCAGGAGAAUGAGUUACCAAAUUCCAUGCCUCAUAGCAAAGCAGCGGAGACUCCUCGCAUUUCAUACGCUCCCUGUGUCACCGCGCCCACAUCCAAACAAGCGGACAAUGUUUCUAGCGGCCUAUCCACGACUGGUGAUUCCCAGCAAGAGUCAGCCUCGGGAAACUCGCUAAUCAUAGGGGCUUCCUCAAAGUAUAUCAGCUCUGUACCCUGCGAAGAGGAUACGAACUCGUGCCAUACACCUGAGCUCAGUGAAGUUCCAUGCUCUCGGAAAAUCGAUGCUCCGGGCCGGGCUGGAAGUUCCAGUAGCACCGAAGCCAUGUCAACUGCAUUUAGCCCAUUUCCUAGGUCGUUCCAGUGCUCAAGUCCGGAACAUUCUGGUGCUAGAACAACGCCAAUUUCUAACGGCCCAGUACGCUAUCCGUCAAUAGCUGUGGUUGUACCAGCACCUUCAUGGAAGCAAGGAAGAGCCACCAGGGCAAGCACAAGGGCCGCUGCGGCAGCGUGCAAUAAGCGACUUCGCUCAGAUCAAGGAGGCAGUAACCACAAGGUUCCGGAUGCGUCUUUCCUUCGCACUGAAGGUCCGAGUCUGAAGGUGAAGAAGCGGACGCUUGCUUCCAGGCAUCUUUCUCAUCCUCUGGACCUUUCAUUUCCCGCUUCGUGCCAUUGUACCCGUGAUUUUCAUGAAAUCCGCGGAAAAGCUCUUCUCACAGUUGCAUCGGAUUCUGGCCUGAAGACAGCGUAUUUUUUUACCUUUGUGCCUGACACGAGUUCGACAGUGCACCAGCCCCCUUCGACAGGAAUUUCAGGAAAACAAAGACCGUACACGUCAGAUGAGAAUGCGCUGUUGGUCCGGCUGAAAGAAAGGGAGGCGAUGUCAUGGUCUGAGAUCGCAGACCAUUUCCCUGACCGGAAUGUGUCAUCCCUUCAAGUCCACUACUCGACUAAAUUACGCCACAAGGCCAAAUCUUGAUUUGGAAGACUGCGGAGAUGCCGAUAAGAAAGGGCCUGGAUUCAUGGAUACUCAUUGUGCCUCUUCCAAUGAUUUAGAAGCUGUCAAGGCAGAAGUGGAUAUCGUUGAAGACCUAAUCCAACUACAAGAUAAGGUAGGACCUCAUGGUUUCUGGAUCCCUAUAGUUGGUCUACAGAUAGUAGCCUUUAACGAUGCAUAUCCUAGUUAAUAAACCUGAUUUUAUUG